AUCUCAUUUUUACCUACAAAAACAUUGAAGCAUGUCUGAUGAACCCUCCUCCAACUAUGGUCCUCCUCCGGCAGGCUGUUACGUUAGCCCGUUUUCGGCUCUGUUUCCGUCGACGUUUCCGCCGGAGACGGAUCCGAACAUCGUGGCUUGCUUUCAAUUGGCUGAUCAAGAUGGGAGUGGAUUUAUUGAUGAUAAGGAGUUGCGGACAGCUCUUACUACCUAUAAUGAAAGCUUCAGUUUGAGAACUAUCCAUUUGCUCAUGUAUCUCUUCACUAACAGUGACACAAGAAAGAUCGGUCCAAGGGAGUUUUCUUCAUUGUUCUAUAGUCUUCAGAGUUUUAGGGCCAUUUUUGAGAAAUCUGAUAGGGACAGUAGUGGUAAAAUCGACGCCAAUGGAAUGAGUGAGGCACUGUUGAGUCAAGGAAUUGCAGUUCCUCCCACUGUCAUGGAGUUGCUUGUAACCAAGUUCGACACAACUCGGGGUCCAUUAAUUUUCUUUGUUGUUGUUUUUGCCACUUCAAUUUUACAAAUUUAG